AUGUGGAUAUUGAGCCUAUGGAUUAAAAAUCAAAAACCCAUCCUGUUUAAGAUGAAAGAUAAGCAUUUUUCAAUUUUAUUAAAUCAAUAAUUGGGAUUGGUGCAAUUACCUUUCCUUUUGCAGCUAACAAAGUAGGAUGGUUAGGUUCAAUUUUAAUAACAAUACCAGUACUCUUUUGCACUAUAAAGUAUUUUUAUUUACAUUUAUGAUCUAAUACAUUCUUAAUCGAAGAAAUUGCUUUUUGGAGAUAUAGUUGAAUUAACUUUGAAAUGGGUUUGGCCAUAGAUAACUAAUAUAAUGAUCAUUCUCUCAUAGAUUGGAGUUUGUUGUGCCUACCUAAUCUUCUUAUAUCAAUCGACAGAUGUUGUUCUGAAUUAAAUCAAUAUUCCCUUAUCGAAAUUCACUAUUUUCUCCUUAACAUUGAUAUUGAUCAUUCCUUUGUCUUUGAUAAGGAAGAUGAAAUACUUUCAUCAAGUAAGCAAAGUAGGUUUUUAUGUUAAUCUACUUACAUUUAUCAUAAUAUUCAUUGAUUGUUUGACAAUUGUAUAUCAUGAAGGAAUUUCAUACGGACCCAACACAUUUUCAUUCAUUGGGAUAGCAUGUUUAACACUCUAAUGUAAUUUGACAAUUCUGCCCAUCAGAAAUGAUAUGAUAAAUAAGCAACCAUUUCAGAGAUACUAAGAAUUAUCAUUGUAUAUAUGUUUUUUAAUUGCAAUCUUAAUUACAACCUUUGCCAUUUGGGGUUAUAAGGACAAUCUUAAUUAAAUAAUCAUCUUUAAUAUUUAGAACCUCUAUCUAAGAUCAAUCACUAUGAUUGCUUAUGGAAUUUGUAUUUUAAUGACAUAUGCACUUCAACUAUUUCCUGCUGUCUAAAUUAUCGAAUAGCAUAUAUCAUAACUUGCUUAUCAGAAAUUUGACUAGGCUGAAGAUGAAAAUGAGAGUGUAUUUGUGUUAGACAAAAGUUCUUUAAUUAUCAGAGGACUUUUAAUGUUGACAAUCUACAUAAUAUCAUACAAGAUACCUGAUCUUUCAUAAUUUAUUAAUCUAAUUGGAAGCUUUUUCGGUUCAUUUUGUUAAUUUUUAAUACCAUUAUUAGCCCAUUGGAUUUGUUUCAAGAAUUAGGAAGCUAGUCUGAGAUUGAAAUUAGAAUAUUUUGUAAUGUCUAUAUUUACUGUCUUGGCUAUAGUAUUUGGAUCAUAUGAAUCAAUCAAAGGGUUGAUUUGA